AUGAAAGAAGUAGCAGUGGAGUUGGAGGGAAUUCAAUUGUCAGUUAGAGCUGAGACUGAUGUUCAACAAGUUUUCCCUGAGGUCCGAUGUGUCCAAACUCAGGAAAUAAAUGAGGUUUCGGAUGUUGUUUCUUCAUCAACAGGUCCUUGUACGGAUGGCGGUACAGGUUCUUCAUUCGAUGUACAACCGCUAUUGUUUUUCAAUACACAGUGA